AACAGAGAUAUCAAAGUGAGGGACCAUGGAACCAUGUUGGAAGUGAGAGAAAGCAGAAGGGUCACCUGUAUUUGAAAGUGAAAGCUCAUGUUACUGACCUAUCAGCCAAAGCUACCUUUAGCAUAAUUUCCAUUCAAAAUUGUGAGAAAAAAGUACAAAACUUGCUCCUUAAACCAAAUCUACUCAGGUUUAAAGGUUAGGAAUAAAGGGUCCCCUUCUCUGCAAGAAUCUUUCUUUUUGCUUUUCCUUAUGUAGCUACAGCUUAUCAGCUUUCCCUUUAGACCCUCCCAAACAAAGGAAAAAUAAAAUUGUCAUUUCAUUUAUGACUGAAAAUGAUGAAAUGUCAGACUCAGCUUGUGGGAGAGGAGAGCCCUGUGUGAGCUGUGGUGUUUUCAUUUGCUUUCAAGUUUCAACCCUUAUCACCACCAGACUGUGUAAACCAAAUGGCACAGAGUUGUUUUAGCUAAAGAAGAUAUUUCGGAUUUGAGUCCUUGUGAAUGCAGCUGUUACAUAAUUGAUAGGGAGAACUUUUUGCUCAUAGAGGUUUCACCAGUUCCAACAAGAUUGACUCAGUGGAGGAUACCUGUAAUUAAAAAAAAAAAAUAGUUCCAACCUUUAUCACCACCAGCUUGUCUUAGCAUGCUCUGAGAAAAGCUGAUACCUGGGGAAAUGGUUUCUAUGCUUCACUGGGAUUUGGAGACUUACUGUUGUCUGGUUUCUAAAUGUAUGAUUGAUUAUUUGGAUUUUUUUCAGUUGGGUGGCCUGUGCUAGUUCUGAAGGGUUUCUGCUUGUGCUUCCAACUUCCAAGCUUCAAUUUUGAGAGAAUUUUAAUCAUUUUGAGAAUAUAAUGACAACUAAAGGCCAUGCUUCUCUGUUUCUGGUAUUGGUUACCGUUUUACUUUCUAUCUAUCACUCAGAGCAACUUCAAUCCUCCAACUCUCAUACCCUUCUAAGAAUUCAACAGCUAUUGGACUUUCCUACUGCUUUAAGCAAGUGGAACAACAAGACAGACUUUUGCAGCACAGAUUCAAACCCUUCCCUCACUGUAGUGUGCUAUGAAAACACCAUAACACAACUUCACAUUAUAGGUGAAAGAAGAGCUCCAAUUCAAAAUUUCUCAAUAGACACCUUUGUCACAACACUGGUGAAACUUCCUAGUUUGAAAGUUCUUACAUUGGUUUAUCUUGGCAUAUGGGGUCCAUUGCCUGGUAAAAUCGCUCGUCUUUCGUCGCUGGAAAUAGUUAAUGUGAGUUCAAAUUAUCUCCAUGGUUCAAUCCCUCAGGAAAUUUCAUUGAUGUCAAAUCUUCAAACACUGAUCCUUGACAACAACAGGUUUUCUGGACAGAUUCCUGAUUGGUUUGAUUCACUUCAGGCCUUAUCUGUGUUGAGUUUGAAACACAAUCUGUUCAAUGGAACUCUACCAAAAUCUCUUGGUAGUUUGGAGAGUUUGAGAAUUCUUUCACUUUCACACAAUCACUUCUAUGGAGAAGUACCUGAUUUGAGCCUUUUGACAAAUCUUCAAGUGCUGGAAUUGGAUGGAAAUGCAUUUGGACCUGAGUUUCCUAACCUUGGUCACAAGCUGGUUGCUCUAGUGCUAAGAGAUAACAGGUUUAGAUCUGGUAUCCCUGCUGAAUUGAGCUCAUAUUUUCAGCUUCAGAGAUUGGAUAUCUCAGCAAACACAUUUGUGGGGCCAUUUCAGACAUCACUGUUGUCUCUUCCUUCUAUCACUUACCUGAACAUUUCUGGGAACAAAUUAACUGGGAUGCUCUUCGAGAAUCUGUCUUGCAAUUCUGAGCUUCAAGUAGUUGACUUGUCUUCAAAUCUUUUAACUGGGAGCAUACCUAGAUGUUUAGUGUCAAAUUUUUCCAGUGAUAGGAUUGUUCUGUAUGCUAGAAAUUGUUUAGAGGAAAUGAACCAAGAUCAGCAACCACCACCCUUUUGCCACACUGAAGCCUUAGCUGUGGGAGUGUUACCUGAGAGAAAGAGUCAACACAAACAAGUAUCCAAGGUAGUUCUUUCCCUUGGCAUAGUAGGUGGGGUUCUUGGAGGAAUAGCACUUGUUUUGCUGAUUUUCUUUGUUGUUAGAAGAGGAAAUGCCAGAAGCAAAAUGAAGAAUCCUCCAACAAGAUUAAUAUCCGAGAAUGCAGCUUCUGGAUACACCUCUAAGUUGCUUUCUGAUGCCAGGUAUAUAUCUCAAACAAAAAAGAUGGGAGCAGUUGGUCUGCCAAAUUAUAGAAGUUUCUCAUUGGAAGAGAUUGAGGCAGCUACAAACUACUUUGACUCAAAUUCUUUAAUGGUUGAAGAUUCUUAUGGGCAGAUGUACAGAGGUCAGCUGAAGAAUGGCUCACUCGUGACUAUUAGGCGUAUACAAAUCAAGAAACGAUAUAGCACUCAAAACUUCAUGCACCACAUAGAGCUGAUAUCAAAACUUAGGCAUCGUCAUCUAGUCAGCGCUCUUGGACACUGCUUUGAAUGUUCUUUAGAUGAUUCAAGUGUCAGCAAAAUAUUUCUUGUCUUUGAAUAUGUGCCGAAUGGCACUCUCAGGAGCUGGAUCUCAGAUGGGCAUGUUAGAAAAUCCCUGAAUUGGACCCAACGCAUAGGAGCUGCAAUUGGAGUAGCAAAGGGAAUCCAAUUUUUGCAUACAGGGAUUGUUCCUGGUUUAUAUUCCAACAACAUCACAAUAGAAAAUGUUUUGUUGGACCAAAAUCUUGUUGUGAAAAUCAGCAGUUAUAACCUGCCUUUGCUAUCUAACAUGGGAAAGGUUCGGCAUGGAAAUUCUUCGAACGGAUUAAAACAUUCUAGCAUCAAUAAAAGUGUAAAGCAUGAAGAUAAGUCUGAUAUAUAUGACUUUGGAGUAAUACUACUGGAACUCAUUCUGGGAAGGACAAUAAAGGCAACCAAGGAUGCAGAUGCUUUUAAGGAUCUGCUGCAAGCAAGCAUAGGAGCUGAUGAUGAAGCUCGAAGAAGCGUUGUUGAUCCGGAAGUUCGCAAGUUAAGCUUGGAUCAAUCAUUGAGGACAAUGAUGGAGAUUUGUGUGAGGUGCUUGGCUAAAGAGCCAGCAAAUAGGCCUUCUGUAGAGGAUGUUUUGUGGAAUUUACAGUUUGCUGCUCAAGUUCAAGAUGCAUGGAGAGGGGAUUCUCAGAGUAGUGAGGGUUCACCCAGCUCGCCUUUAGAGCCUCGAAAACUAGCCUUCCAUUAGUGUCAAUCAAGAUAUUUUUACCUUUGUUUUUUGUAUAUUUCACUGUAAGCUUAUUAGAUUAAUGUUUGAAGAAUAUAAACUUUAUAGCUUAAAGCAUUAGAGAGUAGUACAAGUUCUCAAUGUUGUAACACCUUGGCAUAAAGAGCCAGUUUGAGUAAAGUUUGAAAGGAGCACUUGAGUUUUUGGGCUGAGAGUUUAAGACAUUAUUGAGGUUUUCUUCUUU